GGAGAAAGAGAAGAAAGAGGAGAAAGUGGAGGAGGGAAAGCACUCCAGGCAUGAGGUACAGUCCGGUAAGUGGGAAAUGCCCAAAGUUCGGAGAUGGGAGUCUGGUGCCUAGAAGAACAAUCAGGAAGCAAAAUCAGGCUUGAAAGAAAGUUCCUUCCACGGUACUGUGUACUAAAGUGCCAGAAGGGAUGACUCACUCUCUAACAGAAGUGACCAAGGAAAGAUUCCUAGCCCAAGCGGGUUUUAGAGCGCGUGCAUAUGGACGAUAGAAUAACAAGGCCCAGCAACCAAGAGCCGGGAUCCCAGCAGCUCCAACCCGCGUGCGCAGGAGUCGACCGGAAAGAGCGGAAGGAGGACCUGGAGCCGCGAAGCCUUCUGGGACUUGUAGUUUGCCCGCGGCGUUCGCGCGACUGGGUCACAUGGUCUUGCUUUUCCAUAGUCCCCGCCUCUGUAUAGCCCUGGAGGCUGAGUUUGAGGAGGCUGCGUUCGGCUUCUCCUUGGCCCCUGAGACCUCCUGGGCCUGAGAGAAAGAGAGAGAGAGAGAGAGAGAAAGAGAGAAGUGAAGGGCCUGGAGUGGCGACUGGAUUCUCUCUAAGGAUGGAGAAAGGAGACAUAGUCUUUGCCUCAGGGAGCUCCUAGGCUAACAGACAAAGCCAAACAGAUCAUAGAAGAAAGAACAGAUUAGUGAAUGCCAGAGGAUAAUGUCUGUUCAUUCCUGAACAACUGUGAGAAGUGGAGUGAAGUAUUAAAGCAUCCCCACCGUCUGCCAGAUGGAGGUCAGCCACUCAGUAAAGGAGCGCACUAUUGCCGAGAAUAGCCUGGUCAUCCUGUUGCAGGGCCUCCGGGGCCUGGUGACUACAGUGGACCUACGGGAUGAGACUGUGGCCCGUGGCCGAGUGGACAACGUGGAUGCCUUCAUGAACAUCCGCCUGGCUGAGGUCACCUACACAGACCGGCAGGGCCAGCAGGUCCAUCUCGAUGACCUCUUUGUGACUGGUCGCAAUGUCCGCUACGUCCACAUUCCUGACGAUGUAGAUAUCACUGCCACCAUUGAACAGCAACUUCAGGCCAUCCAUCGAGUGCGUAACUUUGGUAGUGAGGGUAAGGGCCGGAGGGAAUUUCCUGCCAGGAAGUACAAAUGAAAGACAUUCUCUCCUCACUCAGAUUCCUUCAGACUUUGCUUUAUAGCUUUAAAUGGGGGCUGCUGAACUGCUUUCUGACAGCCAGUUCUCCCCUAUUAGGAGGCAGACCACAAGAAGGACAAGCUCAUUCUGAAGCCACAUUUGCCUUUUACAAGUCUAGAGCUCAAUCCAGGUACCCAAAAUCUGAUAUAGCAGCAGUAGUCUUGGAUUAAAGACUCUCCCCUAUACUUCCUGGCAUUAGGACUUGGCUAACUGACCAACUGUACAUGUGGAGCUCCCAGAUUCUGUAUUAAAGGAUUAAUUUUAGCCAUUUUUAAUACUUUCCAAAAAUGAACGAAUGAUCUUUGCUGCUAAAUGUACUGGCCCAAGAGUCCUUUGUGAGCCCUCUCCGGUUCAAUUGUUUACUUUUCAAAUCAAACUUGGAUUCAAAUACAAGGGUUCUAGACUUUCUCUGACCCCCAUGGCUCCAUUAGUCGGUCAGUAUUGUGCAGAAUUAAAGCGCUUAAAUCUAGUAGGGAAAGGAACUGUUUGUUUGUUUUUCCUUGAAUCUUAGAAUUCUAGAAUUAGAAGGAACCUGAAAGGUCAUCUAGUCAGAUUUUCCCCUAGUCCAGUUUUCAGCUGCAGCCUUGCAGACAGAGAGUCUAUUUGUGCCUAUUUGAACACUUCACUUUGUAAACCAGCAGGUUCCACUGUAAACCUGAAAUCUCUACAUAAAUGUGAGUUAAUAUUAUGAAUUUCUAUUCCAUUGUUGGACAACUUUUCUUAUUAGGAAGUUCUUCCUGAUGUUUUGCUAAAACUGACCUCCCCGCAACUUCCCAUCACUUUAAGUUCUGCUCUUGGGUCCUAGAAACAUCUGUGCCAUUUCUUCUCCACAUGCCAGCCUUUCAAAUAAGAGAAGACAGUGAU